CAGAGAAUCAAGAAGCCUUCAUCAUCCUCCUCCUCCUUUGGACACUUUCAUGUAGACGUUUUGUGGCGGGAGUCUGGCAGUGAGAGGAUCGUUGGAGGGGAAUCCCACCGGUCAUAAAAAGGGGGCGUGACCACCGGCAGUCUGUGUGUGUGUGUGUGUGUGUGUGUGUGUAUAUAGCACGUGCAGUGAGGACUACAGACCCGGAGGAAGACCCGGACCUGCAGCCUCUCACUGAUUCCCGGAAGAUGUUUCUUUCUUCUGUGUCUCCGGAUAUCGAUUAUCGAUCGUCGUCCCUGAUCAUCUGAUCAUCUACCGGGUUUCCUCUCCCCCGCGUCAUGUUGGAUUCUCAGUUUUACCUCCUCAGACCUGAACCGGGUCUCCGUGAUGAGCCCCGGCGCGUCGCCCGAUCCUCAAUCAACCGGUAAUCAAUAACGGUUUAUCGAUCAUGGCCUGAAGCUUCACUGUCACGUGAGACGGAUCCGGUUUGAACCAGAGAAGAAGAGUUUUCAUUGUCACUCUCCUCACAGCUCAACUUUUACUUCCUGCUGGAACUUGAUGACGCAGCCUGUGUUUUUAUUUUAGUAUCAACUGACAGCUUCAUAACGCAGCACCUCCUGACGUCACCAGGUGCUGCGUUCCUAUUGGCCGACCAUAGAGGAUGCCAAGGUGUGGAGCUGCAGGUUGUGGGCUGUAACAGCAGUGACCUGCAGGGGGCGAUGGCUGCCGUCUACACCAGCCGGGACAUCGUGGAGGAUUUCCUCCACUACAAGCUGCUCAACAAGGGCGUGGCCUGGCGUUUCCGGCCGCCACCGCGCCAAUCAGACGCUCGGCGCAGACACCAGGAAGCUUCUUCUGCUACGUCGAGGACGUCAGGCAGAGGCGUCGCUCCAGAUCCCUGGUCGACCCCUCCUCGGCUACAGGUCGCCCUGCGGUGCGCCGGUGACGAGCUGGAGUGCCGUUACCGUGGCAACCUCUCAGCCCAGGUGUCAGCGCUGCUGCCCUGCGGGGACGGCGGCGGGGACGGCAGCCGGUCGGCGCAAAGGCAAAGCCUUACUGUGGUCAGGGAGGAGCUGUUCAGGGACGGCGUGAACUGGGGACGCAUCGUGGCCAUGAUGGAGCUGGGAGGCGCUCUGAGCGCCGAGGUGGCCAAGACGGGCGGGGCGUGGCGGGUGGACGACAUCGCCAGGUGGAUGGAGGAGAGUCUGGACUCACCGCUGCUGCAGGGAUGGAUAGAAGACAAUGGAGGAUGGCUCAGUGUUGAAUCAGUCAGACUGUCAGUGAAGUAACCGUGACAACACUGAAACUAUAACAUGGCGUGGACUUGGUGGUACUCUGUGUUGUCCAGUGUCCAGGAGUCAUUGAAAUAGUUCAGGGAUACUUGAGAGUGCUGGAUCCUUGGAAGGGUUCUAGAGGUUCUGAUCGGCUCCUCUGUUUGUCGUUGACCCCGGUCCGUUCACAGAGUCACUGAAAUAGUUCAGGGAUACUUGAAAGUCUUGAACAGUCUUUGGUUUCAGAAGUCCUACAGGUGGCUGAAGAUAUUCCAGGGCAGGGACAGGUUUUCAAGGGUCCUUGAUGAGGACAGAAGGACAGAAGUUCCUGAGGAUGUUUGAGAGUGAUGGAAGAGUCUUGGAUCAGGUCCCAGGCCCUUGAAGGGGUUCCAGCACAGGGUUCAUGGUGGUUUCAGUAGUUCUUCUUUGAGAGGGAUCCUGUGGUGAUUGAAGGGUCCUUGAAAAGUCCCUCCAGGGUCCAGGAGUCACCGGGGGCUUCAGAGGUUUUGACCUGCAGCUUUUUCAAGGAAUCCGUCUUUUUUUAAAUUUGUGUCAUUGGACAGUAAAGUGCGGGAAUCGAACCAUCUUGUGUUUAUGUGGUGUGUUCCUUAACCGUCAUCUUAACAGCUGAUCAAUCAAUCAGAAAUCAAUAAGGGAUAUUAUCAAUAAUAUAAACAUACAGCAGUUCAACAUCAAAUACAUCAGAUUCAAACACAGUGUGUGUGUGUGGAUCAGAUGUGACAGAGAAAAGUAUUUUGGUUGAAAUGCAAAUUAUAUGCAAAGUGCAGAAAAUCCCUAAAACUCUGCAGAGAGACUGUGUGUGUGUGUGUGUGUGUGUGUGUGUGUGUGUGUGUGUGUGUGUGUGUGUGUGUGUGUGUGUGAGAUAUGAAGGACAGAGGCUGUUUGAUGACACAGACAGAAACAGCUCAGAUCUACGUGAAGGAUGAGUCGGACAUGUUGGACAGUUUAGAGACAAACUGAAGAAUAAAUGAGUCACAGAAAUAAUCGAUCAAUAAUCUGAUUGAUUUAAAUCUUGUUAGCUGUGGGAAUAUUUAUUCAAAAAUCUAACUGAUCUUAAUGAGCUGAAAAUUCAAAAAGACGUUUAGCUCAGAUAGUAACUGCUCCAGACUUUCAUUACAGAAACAUCAGGGUGAAGAAAACAAGCACACCUCAUGUUAACUGUGUACUUAAAAACACACUGAUCAUUAACUCCACACGAUCAUUUGAAAAGCUCUGAUUAAAAAUCUAUUGUCUGCUAACACAUGCAGAAAUGUGAUAUAUGACAUGUCUCCUGUAAAAGGAUGAAUUAUUGUCACAUAUAUAAAUCCAUAUAAGUUUAUAACAUAUAUGAAAUACCCAGUGAAAUGUGUAUCUGUAUAUACAUAUAUAUAUAUAUAUAUAUAUAUAUAUACUGACAGGUUGGAUAUAUAUUUAUGUAAUGUAUGUCUACAAUAUGAACAUACAUAUAUAAACACAUUUUUUAUGGGUAGACGUCAAUAUAUGAAAUUGUUCCAAUCUCUGAUUUAAUUAAUACAUAUUUUUUGUUUUAUAUGUACAUGUACUACACAUACAGAAAUGUAAUAUAUGUACAUGUUUUACUCUUGCGUUGUAUAAAGUUUGAAAACACUAUUAAAAUUAAUUAAAAACCAACAGGUUCAUUUAAAACCCGACAACACACCUGUCAGUCCUGUGCUGCGUUCUGAUUGGCUGACAGUCAUCAGGCUGUUCACCUGUCAGAUCUGACGUAUCAGCAAGAGAGAGAGUGAGUGAGAGACC